AUGAUUUCCAAUCCCCAAAACCGGGAUGUCGGCUGGAUUCUUGAAUACGUCAAGAAUCAAAGGCUAGCAGGACCAAAAGACUCAAACAUGGAAACUGUUGAGGAACUCAGCAGGAUUUUGGACAAAGGCCAAGUUUUAAAUGUGCGAGGAACGCCAGCGUCCGGAAAGACGACAUUAGCAGGGCUUCUCUACGACCAUUACGUCGAGCACAAAAUCCCACCUACUCCAGAUCAGCGCUCAGGAUCAUAUGCGGAGGUUAUCUCGGAAAAGGCGAAUCGUGCCGGGUAUGACAUCGCGCCUCAGACCCUUCAUCGUGCAAAUAUUGUUGUGAUAAUUGACAACGCUCAAGAUUCAUUCUCAGACCAUGGACUUUGGUUGGGCCUGAUUAAAUCACAGACCAUGGCACACUGGGGGCCGCGUAUUGCGCUGUUUUCAGCAUACGGCAGCCCUACUGGCGGCCCAGAGUCUGAAUAUCCUUACAGCCCGCAGGGCGUUAUUGGCAGUGCGCAAACGAUUUCGCUUAUUCCCUCGAAUCAGCCAUUUUCUGCGCGGGUCGGUCUCUUUUAUAAAAGAGACGAGUUCGACGAUGUCCUGGCCCGAGUCUGCUCUAGAAUCCCCAUUUUGAAGCUCGAUAGCGGCGCAUGCAACUAUCUCUUUCGUGUCACCAGCGGACACCCUGGAGCUUUCUUCCGGUCACAGCUGAUCCGCGGCAAGGGGCAUAUCUCCGAGGGAGACAUCCGGGUAACGCUUGAUUCGGAUAACGCAGCGUUCAAGUUUCUCGAUAAGACACCUUUACGGCGCUCAUUUGUCAACCAGAUGAAGCUGACCCCUGCGGCAGCCGAGAUACUUCGCAAAGUGUUGAUCGAGGGUAGUGUCGAGAGGGACUUGGAAAAGGAGGGAAUAAAGACGUGCUACCAGCAAGGCUGGCUCCAUACAGAACUCGUCGACUACCGCUCUGAUAAUCCGCCCGGACAAUUUCCUUGUGCUAAAUUCCCGACUAUUGAGAAACUAGUAGCCGCAAUACUACAGCAAUUCUCUCGUCAUAAUCUUAGAACCGCAGCGUGCCAUUUUGGGGUUGGAGCCGCGUUGCGGCCUAUCGAGGCCGCAUACCAAGACGAGUUUUAUCGCUCGGCCCACGCCGUACUUGGAUAUUCAGCAGACAUAAGCAGUGAAUGGUCUCCUAACGGGAUAGGACGUAUCGACUUUCACUUUGCAGCAAUGAAAUGGGGUAUAGAAAUCCUGCGUGAAGGCGACAGACUCAGUGAACACUGCGAAAGAUUUCAGCCCGGGGGCAUGUACUGUGACUGGAUCAAGAAAAACCAUCUUGUAGACUGGAUGAUUAUAGACUGCAGAACCUCACAGGGGCGGGCUUACCAAAAGCCGGAGACGAAGCUCUGGCGAGCAGUCUUCAGCAACGAGUUCUGUGAGUUGGAAGUCCGGGACCAGCACAACACAAUCGUUGUAGAUCGAACCGCUCUGAUGCUUUGA